AUGUUCAUCCUUGUUUAUUUCUUCGCUAUAUUGCUUUGCUACUACCGUCAAUCGUUGCAGCAAAAAAGUGAUCUCAAUGUUGCUCGAAAUGCUAAACUGUCAAGUACCGCAAGCAAAACCUCAAGCGUAACACCAUGUGUGACGGCUGGCUUGAUUGUGAUUCGCUUUGUACGCAGUAACGACUUCACUCUCGUAGUCCAAUGGUUGCAAGUCCACGAGGCGUUGGGAGCUGCGCUUUACGUGUGUAGUUUUACAUGCUUUGUGGUACUCUGCUUUCCAUCCACUGUCUUCGAAUUGCUGGCCGGCUACAUCUUUGGCUUGUGGCUGGGGCUUCUGCUGGCCACCACUGGCAAACUCUUGGGUUCCGUACUCUCGUACGUUAUUGGGCGCUAUAUGUGUCGUCAUCGUGUACAUUCCUACAUGGCGCGUGGCCAUCCAGCAUUGCAAGGUUUUCAGAGUUUGUUGCGCAAGCGUCAGAUUUUAAUUGUAUUUCUUACACGUGUGGCGUUUUUCCCUAUUGCAAUCAAGAACUACGGACUCAGUGUGCUGGACGUGCGUUUUUCCGUGUAUUUUGCAGCAGCAUUGCUUACUGGUCUUCCAUUUUCAUUUAUUUGGGUUUACUCAGGCCAUGCUGUAGAGAACGUUGCAGCGCUAUUGGUCAGCCCUACCGCAUCUAGACACAGCACAGAGGGAAUCUUACUGCUUGUCGGGGCAGGAAGCGCUUUGCUAUUGCUAUUUAUGGUGGGAUAUUAUUCCCGCAAAUAUGUGCUAGAAUUGGCGAAAGAGGAACAGGAUGAGAAAACGAUGGCAGUUGACGCAACGAAGCGCAAGGUUGAAGUCAUGACUUAUAUCUAA